UUUUUUUUUUUAAAAAAAAAAAAAAACUCUUCUUACAUUAUCUAUAUAACAUGUUUGCCAGAGCUUUUACUCGAUCUGCCAGACUUGCACGUCCUAAUAUGAUGCGCCGUGGUGGUGGCGGUGGUAUGCCUAUCAACGAACCUGGAGGUUAUCUCUUCAAUGAAAAGACUCCUGUUAAGGAAGGAUGGGAAGAUAUCUAUUACUGGGGUAUGGGUGGUGGAUUCUUUAUGAUCUCUGUUGCUCUCUACUACAAGCCUGAUACUAGUGUUGUUACUUGGGCUACCAAAGAAGCUGAAAAGUCAUUGAAAGAAAAAGGUGUCAAUCUUGAAUACCAAAAGACCAACUGAAUGAUUCCAUAUACAUUUUUCUUUUGCCAUAAUUUAGUAGAUAGUUUUCUGUUUUGUUUUGUUAUUUUGAAAUAAAGUGACAUAUACUAUUUUUAUUUGACAUCA